GCCGCAGCGCGCAUGGGCGGAGCCUCGGGUCCCGGGCCGCCUUGGUAUAUCUGCGCGUGCGCGGCGUCUCUGCUGGGCCAGUCGGGACCGAGGAGACAAGAUGGCGCUGCGGGCGAUGCGGGGGAUUGUCAACGGGGCCGCACCCGAGCUACCCGUGCCCACCGGUGGGCCGGCGGUGGGAGCUCGGGAGCAGGCGCUGGCAGUCAGUCGGAACUACCUCUCCCAGCCUCGCCUCACAUACAAGACAGUAUCUGGAGUCAAUGGUCCACUAGUGAUCUUAGAUCAUGUUAAGUUUCCCAGGUAUGCUGAAAUUGUCCAUUUGACCUUACCAGAUGGCACAAAGAGAAGUGGGCAAGUUCUGGAAGUUAGUGGUUCCAAGGCAGUAGUUCAGGUAUUUGAAGGAACUUCAGGUAUAGAUGCUAAGAAAACGUCCUGUGAGUUUACUGGGGAUAUUCUCCGAACACCAGUGUCUGAGGAUAUGCUUGGUCGGGUAUUCAAUGGAUCGGGAAAACCCAUUGACAGAGGUCCUGUUGUACUGGCCGAAGACUUCCUUGAUAUCAUGGGUCAGCCAAUCAACCCUCAAUGUCGAAUCUACCCAGAGGAAAUGAUUCAGACCGGCAUUUCGGCCAUCGAUGGGAUGAACAGUAUUGCUAGGGGGCAGAAAAUUCCUAUCUUCUCUGCUGCUGGGCUACCACACAAUGAGAUUGCGGCUCAGAUCUGUCGCCAGGCUGGUUUGGUAAAGAAAUCCAAAGAUGUAGUAGACUACAGUGAGGAAAAUUUUGCAAUUGUAUUUGCUGCUAUGGGUGUAAACAUGGAAACUGCCCGGUUCUUCAAAUCUGACUUUGAAGAAAAUGGCUCAAUGGACAACGUCUGCCUCUUUUUGAACUUGGCUAAUGACCCAACCAUUGAGCGAAUUAUCACUCCUCGCCUGGCUCUAACCACAGCUGAAUUUCUGGCAUACCAAUGUGAGAAACAUGUAUUGGUUAUCCUAACAGACAUGAGUUCUUAUGCUGAAGCACUCCGAGAGGUUUCAGCAGCCAGGGAAGAGGUUCCUGGUCGACGAGGUUUUCCAGGUUACAUGUAUACAGAUUUAGCCACGAUAUAUGAACGCGCUGGGCGAGUGGAAGGGAGAAAUGGCUCGAUUACUCAAAUCCCUAUUCUAACCAUGCCUAAUGAUGAUAUCACUCACCCCAUCCCGGACUUGACUGGCUACAUUACAGAGGGGCAGAUCUAUGUGGACAGACAGCUGCACAACAGACAGAUUUAUCCACCUAUCAAUGUGCUGCCCUCACUAUCACGGUUAAUGAAGUCUGCUAUUGGAGAAGGGAUGACCAGGAAGGAUCAUGCCGAUGUAUCUAACCAGCUGUAUGCGUGCUAUGCUAUUGGGAAGGAUGUGCAAGCCAUGAAAGCUGUCGUUGGAGAAGAAGCCCUUACCUCAGAUGAUCUUCUCUACUUGGAAUUUCUGCAGAAGUUUGAGAGGAACUUCAUUGCUCAGGGUCCUUACGAAAAUCGCACUGUCUUUGAGACUUUGGACAUUGGCUGGCAGCUACUCCGAAUCUUCCCCAAAGAAAUGCUGAAGAGAAUCCCUCAGAGCACCCUCAGCGAAUUUUACCCUCGAGACUCUGCAAAGCAUUAGCUGCUGCUUCCACAUUGCUCCGCGCUCUUGUGAAAUACUGGUUCUGUUUUCUUUAUUCCUUUUGCGCUCCCCAGUUCCCACCUUUGUGUUGGAGUUUACCGUGUUACCCUGUAAUUAAAAACAAAGAAUAGGUAACAUAUUGUGCCAGUGUUGCAACAUUUUAAACUGCUAACAGACCUUAAAAUAUCUCCUUACCUGGGUCCUCAGUGCUAUGUUUAAAGUGCUGCAGGGAUGGAGUGGCGUUUUCUUAUUGCUGUAUGUAUUGUACAUAGUGGAGUAGUUAGUUACCUGAUAACGGUCUCAUUAUUUGGGUCUCUUAGACCUUACCUCUCAACUCCCUCAAGAGUACCAGUCUCUGAAGUUAUAAUGCUUUGGUCUCUACAUUAGGGGCAAGAUCCGGUCUGAAAGAAGUCUCCUUUGAGAAGGGCCAAGAGGCUCUUUCCUGAGUGUUUGCUUUCGGUUUGUUGGUGUGCCUGUGUUGCUGGGCUGUGCUGCUGCUCGAAGCAGAUGGUUUUGACUGUCUACUUGCUCUUUCCUGUAUAAUGAAUAGAUGAGUGAAAGGAGUUUUCUUUUUCUCUUUCGUACUUAUGUAUUGGGAUUCCUGUGUCUUACAGCUCUCCCUCUCCAAAUAAUACACAGAAUCCUGCAACUUUUUGCACAGCUGGUAUCUGUCUGGUAGCAGUGAGGCCCCUUGUCUUGGUGAUCCUCACUGGGUUUCCAAGCAGAGGAGUCACGUGAUUACAAUGGCCAAUAGAGUUGUUUGGGGUACAAGAUGAGAAGAAAGAAAAACCUACAGCCUUUCUACAUUCUGACAUGCUAACAGUGGUUUAAGUUUCUAAAGUGUUUACCAGAUGCUGAAGGCAAGUUGGGGGGAGCAGAAGCACUUAUGUUUACGGAUAUUUUAAACUCUGUUAGAGAGCAGCCUUUGAAAAUCCCCGAUUCGGUUCUGCUUUUUCACCUCUCUCUACCUUUUCAGGGUAUUCUUUGUGGCACAAACGAUAGCAUUUCCAAGCUUUAGAGUUUUCUGAAUUCCUGCGCCUUCCUGACGUGAGCCCUGAGCGAUCUUCUAUGCAUUUCUGCCAUGUGUCCUGUUGGUCUCUCUGUGUUCUUUGUUACUUGGGUGCAAUAGCAACUUCCCUACUCCGUGCAUUCCAUCUUUCAUGUUGUGUAAAGUUCUUCACUUUUUUCUUUGAGGGGUGGGGGUGGGGGGAGUCAGCAUGAUUAUAUUUUAAUGUAGAAAAUGUGACAUCUGGAUAUAAAAUGAAAAUAAAUGUUAAAUUAAAUGGAA